UCGAUACUCAAGAUGUUCCACCAACUUUUCAAACUCGCUAUCUCAGUGUCCGAAGCCCUCCAUUAACUACUCACACCCCCUGGACCAAUAUGGAAUCCCGUACCUACGGUAAACAAGACCACCCACCAAGACCUCAGAGUCUCCAUGCGGGCGUUCAAGGCUCCACGUUACCAAUCCAGGCCAAAACCAGUGUUCCCCAUUCAAUUACUCAUAGCCCAGACGCCAGUAGGAAAAGUGUGGAAUCAAUGAUCUGGACCUCCAAGGAGAGUUUCGAAGACUUUGAGGACAGCACUCAACUCAACCAAAAUACCCUAGAAAGCAGUAUCCACAAUUUACCAUCAGACAGCUCCCUUGAGGUUGAUUCUGGCAGGAUUCAGAAGAUACGUAGGCACAGACAUUCACGGCUGCCCACGGGCUGGUGGCUGCUGCAACAGGCCAAGAAGUUCAGCCACCAGCUGAGCCUGAUACUGAGCCUGGCUGGCAUGAUGAUCAUCGGUUGCAUCUCUCUGGGCCAGGCCUGGAUCCACUUCCAGGUGCCAUUGACACCCCCUGGGGACCCUGCUGGCCCCCUCACCAUCCCCAUCGACACCAUUCUCUUUACGCAGUGUUUCAACAUCUCCUGCAUGCAUGAGUACGACCGGACUGCUUACUUCUUGGACGUUACCUGGAUCUUCCUCUUUGUCGCCUUCAUCACCAGCUUCUGCCUCUCCAUCGUGCUCAUAAACAUCGUCUUCUUCACAAGCUCCAACUUACCCACGCUAGACUUCUCCAACAUCAUCAGCAGUAUCUUGACAGGAAGCAGCAUGAUCCUGGGGGUCCUGUUCUACCUGAGGCAAGCGCAUGAGUACCUGCAGGAAGGCAUGACCUACAGGCUGGGGUGCAGCUUCUACCUGGCGUGGACUGGCGUCUUUCUCUUCCUGAUGACUGGCUUCUUUUCCUACCUGAACUACGUGAAUUUCUGGUCCAGCAUGAUGCUCCAGGCAGUCUGAACCUAGGACCGGGGACUCAUACCACCUCUGGCCUGACAACGCUGCUGUCCAGCCCUCCUCUCCCACCCAGAGUCCUAGUCCUUUUUCAGUCCUUCUGAAUCCCCCCUCAGAUUAAUAAUCUGUAUUUUUAAAUAAUUUGUAUUUUUCACCCAAAAUAUUCUUUUUGCUCCGUAAUUUGUGUUUUGUGGGAAUGCCAUCCCUCCCUGGGACCAUCUCUGGAGUCCUCAGCAGUAGAGGAAUAGGUGAGGGAAGGGACUCAGGUGGAAGAGACACAAGGCACAGGGUCUGGCCUGCAGACGGUGCUCAAUUAUUGAAGACCUGGUUCUCCCCAAGCCCUUUGGGCUUCACCCUUUAAUCUUGUGACCCCGAUAAUUUGCCCCUCCUGAAGCAAUUCUGCCCUUCCCAGCAGCUCCUGCCAUGACCUACCCUUUUUUCUCCCCCCAUCUCCCAACACAAGGUUGUUCUUUAGCACUUUAUUUCCCUAAAGGGUCCCAUUCCUUCUUUAAUUUUUUGUCUAUUUUAUUUAUUUUUAAGGCUGUUUCUUGUAGCAGAUUUUUGCAGAUGGUUUGGAGGCCAACAAAGUCAUCUGCUUAAUAGUUCAGGGCUAAAAUUCAAGUACAAAGUUAUAUCACUGCUUGGGUCUCUCCGCACUCCACCUGGGGGUUCCAUCUACCUCCCUCUCACACAGUGGUUAAGCUGGCAGGUUUUGAGUCUAGGCCCUGCUACCUAAUAGCUGUGACCUGUGGCAAGGUGUUGAACCCAUCUGGGUCUCAGUUUGCUCAUCUGUAAAAUGGGAAUAGUGAUAGUACUUCAAUCUAGACAGAGUGUAACAGAACACCUGGUUCAUAGCAUGUACUCUUUAUGUAUUGCUACAAUAAUCCUUCCU